AAAGGCAAAGCACAGCCCCAACCGAGGAACAAGUUGAAAACCCACCCCAUAAUACUUAAACUCUGGGACAAAGAACCGUCCCGACGGAGCUGCUUCUACGGCAACGCCGGGGCGCAGCCGGGGACCGGCGGCGGUGGGCCCGGCCCUCAGCAGCCCCUUUAAAGACAGUGGAGUUGGACUGGUGGGAUUUCUUGAAAUCUGAAACCCAAGACGCAGCAUCGGAGCGGAAACCAGGAGGAAACCCUUCAACUCCUCCAGACAGUCGCUUCCGGGGAGUUUCGGGGAGCCAGAGGGGGAAGUCGAGGGCCCGCGGGGAGGGGACCCCCGGAUGGCGCGUCCCUGAGGGUCGUGGCGAGCUCGCGGCGCGAGGGCAGCGGCGGACCCGGCGAGCGGCGGCACCGCGGGCCAUGGCCACCGACGAGCGGAAGGCCCUUGGCGCUGGCCUCAAGUGCCUGUCCCUGGCUGCUCUGGUGCUCCUGUGUGCGGGGCACGGGGGACGCAGGGAGGACGGGGGGCCAGCCUGCUACGGGGGAUUUGACCUCUACUUCAUUUUGGACAAGUCUGGGAGUGUGCUGCACCACUGGAAUGAGAUCUACUACUUUGUGGAACAGCUGGCUCACAAAUUCAUCAGUCCACAGCUAAGGAUGUCCUUUAUUGUCUUCUCUACUCGAGGAACAACCUUAAUGAAACUAACCGAAGACAGGGAACAAAUCCGUCAAGGCCUUGAAGAACUCCAGAAAGUUCUGCCAGGAGGAGACACAUACAUGCAUGAAGGAUUUGAAAGGGCCAGUGAGCAGAUUUAUUAUGAAAAUAGCCAAGGGUACCGGACAGCCAGUGUCAUCAUUGCUUUAACUGAUGGUGAACUCCAUGAAGAUCUCUUUUUCUACUCAGAGAGGGAGGCUAACAGAUCCCGAGAUCUUGGUGCAAUUGUUUACUGUGUUGGAGUGAAAGAUUUCAAUGAAACACAGCUGGCCCGGAUUGCAGACAGUAAGGAUCACGUGUUUCCGGUGAAUGACGGUUUCCAGGCUCUGCAAGGCAUCAUCCACUCAAUUUUGAAGAAAUCCUGCAUUGAAAUUCUAGCAGCUGAACCAUCCACCAUAUGUGCAGGAGAAUCAUUUCAAGUUGUUGUGAGAGGGAAUGGCUUCCGACAUGCCCGCAACGUGGACAGAGUCCUCUGCAGCUUCAAGAUCAAUGACUCGGUCACACUCAAUGAGAAGCCCUUUGCCGUGGAAGACACCUAUUUGCUGUGCCCAGCACCCAUCUUAAAAGAAGUUGGCAUGAAAGCUGCACUCCAGGUCAGCAUGAACGAUGGCCUCUCUUUCAUCUCCAGUUCUGUCAUCAUCACCACCACACACUGCUCAGAUGGUUCCAUCCUGGCAAUUGCCUUGCUGAUCCUGUUUCUGCUCCUAGCCCUGGCACUGCUGUGGUGGUUCUGGCCACUCUGCUGCACUGUGAUUAUCAAGGAAGUCCCUCCACCCCCUGUAGAGGAGAGUGAGGAAGAAGAUGAUGAUGGUCUGCCUAAGAAAAAAUGGCCUACUGUAGAUGCCUCUUACUAUGGUGGGCGAGGUGUUGGAGGCAUCAAAAGGAUGGAGGUCCGCUGGGGAGAGAAAGGUUCCACAGAAGAAGGCGCUAAGCUGGAAAAAGCAAAGAAUGCAAGAGUCAAGAUGCCCGAGCAAGAGUAUGAAUUCCCUGAGCCUCGAAAUCUCAACAACAAUAUGCGGAGGCCCUCUUCUCCCCGGAAGUGGUACUCUCCAAUUAAGGGAAAACUCGAUGCCUUGUGGGUCUUACUAAGAAAAGGAUACGAUCGUGUGUCAGUAAUGAGACCACAGCCAGGAGACACGGGGCGCUGUAUCAACUUCACCAGAGUCAAGAACAAUCAGCCAGCCAAGUACCCCCUCAACAAUGCCUACCAUACCACCUCACCACCACCUGCUCCCAUUUACACGCCCCCACCUCCUGCUCCCCACUGCCCACCCCCACCCCCCAGUGUCCCCACCCCUUUGAUUCCCUCCCCACCUUCCACACUUCCCCCUCCUCCUCAGGCUCCACCUCCUAACAGGGCACCACCCCCCUCCAGACCUCCUCCAAGGCCUUCUGUCUAGAACUCAAAAGUCUGUGUUCUGGGCUGUCUCAGAAACUUCAGGAAGGAAGCUCCUCUGCACUAUUAGAACAAGUCUUUCCAGCUAGAAGGGCUAGUGGUGAUUAAGCCCACUGAUGUUCACUCACUUUAAGAACUGGUUGGCAGUCCCCAAAACUGACAAUUGUGAUCAGCUGAAAGAAAUGGAAAUUUUGCAUUGCCUGAGGACACAUUUUUGAGGCAACUAUAGUCACAUGUAUAGCCAGCUGCCCAUCACCUCUGGAAGGUUCCAGCAAAACUGCCAAGAUGUUCUCAAUGGGAUUGUGUCUUGUGAAGACCAGGAAGAAAAUCAUUUCUGCAUGACUGAGAAGCAGAAUCAGAUAAGCAAUGAUACUGGCAGCUUUAUGGGUGCUGCCUUCCCUCCUCUACUCUACCGCAGUGCCUUCAUGUGGACCCUUGGCUGGGAAACAAAAGAAUCCUCACCCUGGAAGGUGGAAACCUUCACUGAUGAUUUUGGAAAAGCUUGAGAAGUCCCCAGGGUGGCAAGAAACUCAGCAUGAAACAGGUAUUCAAAAGGAUGUUCUCCUUGGAUUUGCAGAUCAAUUUUUAUAAAUGACUCAUUUGCUUUAAAAUUCUCUGUAAGUGAGGAAGGGAGCAAGUGUUUACUGAUGGGAAAGGUAUGUUGCCAUAUUGACGUGUAAGUGGAAUCAGUCACGUACAUUGAUGGGGAACUGUUGAUGAAAGCAUCAGACAGUUUCUAAAGCCCAGAGACCAUCAGCUGUUAGAGGUGGCUGGCUUUGGACACACAUGUUCCCCUAAGUCAAUGGACAAUGGCAUGGUCCAAGAGCAAUCUGUUCAUGAUUUAUCCUUAAAAAAAAAAAAUCAAGGUUUAACUUUGGUUUAAAUCACUUGAGAUAAGAAGUGAUUGGUGCUGUUUUCCAGAGACAGAUAUGGCUUGAUGUUCAUAAAAUAGCAUCCUUAGUACCUAACAUACACUAUGAACCAUUGUGUUCUUUCUCAAUAAAGUUGUACACCAGAGAUUUCUAGGUGGAGGUAAGAGGCAAUGGUACCGACAUAAGAAAAGUAUCCCCAGGUUCUUUGAUUAAUCCUGAAGAGGGCAUGUGUGUAGAUGCAAAUGUAUUUCCCCUUAGCUUUUCAACAUACUCCCCAAUAUUAUCAGCUCCCAAUAUUAUCAGCUGUUAAGCAAGGGGAAGUAUACAAGAUGUGCCACACAGAAAGGUUCUGCUUGAAAUUUCCACCAUACAUGGGACCCUACUCAAUUUUUCCAAGUCUCUCUGAGUCUGUUUCAUCACUAAGUCCUACAGUGACAUUAUAAACACUGAGCUUUUCCACCCAGGGGUAAAAACAGUGGUCAUUGGCAAAGGCAAUGAACUAGCAUGUUUGAAAUGAUCUCCCCCGCCCCAACUUUCCACAAGCCCUACAACUCCUGUAUCAAACACCCCAAAUUCUUAACUCUUUUAUGGAACAAAGCAGGAUAUAAAAUUAACAAAAACUUGAUGUCUGGGGCUAUGGUCUUUAAAAAUUACUUGAGAACCCAUCAAGCUAACCUACUUCUCUCACCUUGCUUAGAAAAGAAAUGUGAAGAUGUGGCCUAUAUUCCAUAAAAACCAAUUUUUGUGUCUGUGACAGACAUUACUAAUCAACAACAGCAUUAUUCCCAUUAAAAUUAAUAGUGUUUUUAUUUUCAACCAUCCUCCUCAUAUUACAACUCUAAAAACCUAUUUUUCAUUAGUCAGACUUGAGAAAGAGAGAAAGAAACACAAUUUGCAAUCCCUACCUUUAAAAAAAAAAAAAAAGCAAAAACAAGCAGCGAUUGUCGGGAGGAAAUGGGGAAGGCUGCCAGCAUAAAAGGUAUAUUCAAGGGAACAUAGACCUAGAAAAGUGCCUUAAUAGGGGACCGUGGGCACUGAUCUGCAAUACCAACUGCCAAGCUUGACACUUCUCCAAGUGUGCCUCAGGCCCUGCCCUUCUCUCGUGGCUGCCUUCCAGAGAGUCGCAGCUUUCUCGGAAAGCUGAGAUCAGAGAUGGUUUCCAGGACUUAGGAAAGCAACCUCCCUCCCCCUCAUCCAACCCUGCCACAUUGUCUACUUUCAGAACACAAGGCUUCUUCUUUAGUCCCUUACGAAGCAGGGGCCAGGCUGUCUCCGCUCCCCUCCGUGACCUUGCUGAUCUCCAGGCUCACAGAGCCCAUGGCAACUGUUUUGACUGCUGGCAGUACAAAACAGUCCACCCCACAUGACUCAAUAGACAAUGAUGCCAACAUUGAUGUGCCACGAGCUGGCAGGCAUCCAGUGAGAAGAUAACGUGAAAUAUCCCAACAGCACGUCAAUCAGAUCCCUGUGCAGUUUCCAAGGGGCUGUGCUGAAGUGUUUUGAUGAGAUAGGGAACUGCAGACAGGAUCGUUUUGAAAAGGAUUAACAGGAUUUGUCAUGACCCAUCAUACCAUCCCUUACGAAGGAGAAGUUUCUAUACACUGUGUGAACAAGGUAAUUCUUUAAUAGUAGGCCUUUAUAGGCAGGACAGUUCUUUAACUGGUUUAGAAAAAUCUAUCAGUUCAAUGUCUUUUGUUGUAAAAGACAAGGGGAGAUGUGAUUGUGAUUAGGAAACUGCACCAAAAAAUUUUAACCCUCAUGCUAUUGUCCUUAUGAAGUUUAAAUAAAAUGAAAGCCAAAUUUUUGUUGUAUAUAUUCAUAUUCCAUGUGUUAGGUGGAAACAUUUCCUAUCCAGUGUGAAUAAAAAGAACAGGUGUAGUAAAUUAUUAUAAAGCCAAUGAUAGUUCAUGGCAGGUUUUUCUACCAAGCUGUGCUUGUUGGUUUUUCCCAUGACUCUAUUGCUUUUAUAAAUGUAUGAAUAGUUAUGGAAAUGACGAGACCCUUCUUUUGCACAGCAUUGAUAACAAUUGCUAAGAACUGUGGUCCCCUCUGUUGACAACAUUUUCACAAAGUUUCUUGACCACAGCUUGGUUUAUUCUUCAGUGAGACACAAGACCUCUUUUUUACCGAGAUUAAGAACAGAGUAGGUGAUGAAUUAGUUAAUUGUUUUGGAUAAUAUGCUGUAAGCAACCUCCCUGUAGAUGCCAUGAAAAUGAGCAAAGAUGAUGUUGAGAUGUCCUGCUGUGCUAAAUUGCAAACACUAUAUAAAAUGGGAUGGGAGACUCAACAAAGAACUACAAAAAUAAUAGGCAAGCCAGAGCGGGUAGCUCACACCUCUAAUCCUAGCUACUCAGGAGGCUGGGAUCUGAGGACUGUGGUUCAAAGCCAGCCCAGGCAGGAAAGUCCUCAUGAGACUCUCAUCUCCAAUUAACCACUCAAAAACCAGAAGUGGCACUGUGACUCAAUUGGUAGAGUGCUAACCUUGAGCACAGAGAAGCUCAGAGACAGUGCCCUGGUCCUGGGCAAGCCCCAUAACCAAUCAAAAAAAUAACAAUAAUGAUGAUAGGCAACACUUUCAGCCCUGUGCCAAUGCAAUAAAUAAAAGUCAAUGCUGUGUGAAAUGGGUUGAAUUAGUUCACAAACUAUAUAAAGAUAGAUGCAGUAAAAAGCCUGUUAAUGCUCACCAGGUGGGGAUGGAGUUUUCUAGCAAAUGCCUUUUCUAGCUUAUCUGAGCUCUGCAUAUCAUCAUACUUGGAUAACCAAUUUAAAAGAAUUAGAAUAUGAUUUUUGAAUACACUUAACAUUAAACUCUUCUAACUCUUCUUCUUGUUCUGUGAUAGUUCAGUGUGGUUCUUUUGUACAUCUGUGUCAUUGCUAUAAAAAGAAUCAGUUAUCAUUGCACCAUGCUGUAGGAGACAGGACUGAACCUGUACAAUGUCAAACCCUGGAUGUUGCUUUUUUAAAAAAAAUAAGAAUAAUAAAUUCCUAAAAUCA